UAAGAGGAAGGCUAAUAUUUAAGAAAGAGAACAUAUAACUUUUACAAUAUCAACACAUGUAGAUAGUUCUUCUACUUUAAUGAAUCACGAAGAAAGCGAGAUAUAACCUUCAAAAUUUCAAAAAGUUAUAUCUGAUGACUUUAAUUUUAACUUUUUGGAACGAGAUCUUAAAAAAGGGCUUUAAAUUUGGCAGUAUCACCCAAAUCAAAGAGAUGAGAUUAGACGAGCUUAUCUUAAAUGAGGUCCAUAUAAAAAAAUAUUUUGACAAUUAUUUUCUAUUUGGCCCCCCCAAAAUUUUGUUUCAAGUUCCGCCACUGCUAGUCCCAGCCUCUGCCUCUGCCUCAGCCUCGGUUAGAAUCUCUGCCUCAGCUAGAAUCUCAGCUUCAGUCUCAGCAACCACUUCAAUCUCAACCGCAACCUCAGGUCUGGACUUGGGAGGAGAACAAAGCCUUUGAGUCGGUUAUGGCCAAUUGUUUUCAGGAUGCUAUACACAAUCACUGGAAAACCGUGGCUGCUCAACUCCCUGGAAAGACUCCGGCACAGCUGCAAGAGCGAUUCUUGAAAGUGAUGACCGACGUUAAUGCCAUCAAACACGGUUAUCCUCAGAACAUAAGCAUCACGAUACCUGUGCCUGCUACCCCAUUAGAACACUGCCCUCUCUCCAUUUCCAUCGUCAAUGCAACACCACCACCUCCACCGCCUCAUUGGACUCAUCAUCAUCACAGGAUGGAGGCAAUGGCGCCUGCGACAGACAUGGCAUUGCCAAUGGAUAUUACCUUACCUUCAUCAGCCAUGUCAGGGGCAAGAAGAGAACAAAACCGACAUGCCAACACCACCAUAAUCCAACAUGAAACUUUACCUGUGGCUUCUAGUGACAACAUUCAACGGCGACAAACAAUUCAUUGGACUUUACAAGAGCACAAGUACGUAUUAAUUAUAUUAAUUAUAUGUUUGUUGAGUCUGUAAGGCGGGGUGGCAGUAAAAAUAGCAAUGUAAUUCCCAUUUGAUUGGGCAACAAAAGUCGAAUCAAAUGGAUGGCACCUUAUACACAGACAAGUAUAAGCUUCUGCAUAAACCUGAUUCAAAAGCAAUAAUAAGAAAGUUAUAAUAUAAAUCAUGGGUUAAUGGUUAUAAGGGUGCUUGAAAUAUCACGUAUGCAUCAAUUUAGUCCUCAAAAGAUCACAUCUCAAACUGGUCCCUAGAACAUAUAAUAACCUCAAUGCGGAAUAAAAAGUUCACAUCACAUCAUACAAUGUUAAGGGAGAAAGCAAUAACGGACUUGUUCUUCUAGUGCAUGCUAUUAGUUGUAGUUAGAUUAAGAGUGACAACACAAA